UUUUUAUUUUUUCGUGAUCUAUCAAACGUCAGAUCUGUGGGAGAUGUCGAGUUUGUGUUGUAAAAAUAAUUAAUUUGUCGACGUUUUUGUCUAACAAUUAUGUGAAUAAUGAGAUGAAAGUGUAAAUAAAUGUUUUAUUAGUGUUCGCUAGUGAUUAUGGCGCAUAGUGGUGGUGUUUUAAGUUCAGAUAUAUCACGCAGAAAUCCUCAAGACGAAUAUGAGCUCAUACAGAGGAUCGGUUCGGGCACUUACGGAGAUGUCUACAAGGCGAAACGCAUCAACGGCAGCUCCGAGCUUGCCGCCAUCAAGGUGAUAAAGCUCGAGCCGGGUGAUGACUUCGCUAUCAUCCAGCAAGAGAUACUGAUGAUGAAGGACUGCAGGCACCCGAACAUUGUGGCGUACUACGGCUCGUACCUGCGACGGGAUAAGCUUUGGAUCUCGAUGGAGUACUGCGGUGGUGGUAGCUUGCAGGACAUUUACCAUGUGACCGGGCCGUUAACAGAAUUACAAAUUGCAUACAUGUGCCGUGAGACGCUCACUGGACUGUCGUAUCUACACAGUAUGGGCAAAAUGCACAGGGAUAUAAAAGGUGCGAACAUAUUGCUGACGGAGUGUGGUGACGUGAAAUUGGCAGAUUUCGGUGUGUCUGCGCAAAUAACAGCAACGAUAAAUAAACGGAAAUCCUUCAUUGGCACGCCGUAUUGGAUGGCGCCUGAGGUAGCGGCGGUGGAGAGGAAAGGGGGUUAUAACCAACUCUGUGAUAUAUGGGCUUGUGGAAUAACUGCUAUCGAAUUAGCAGAACUCCAACCGCCCAUGUUCGAAUUACACCCGAUGCGUGUACUCUUCCUUAUGUCCAAGUCGGGAUUCAAACCCCCGCAACUGAAAGAGAGGGAGCGAUGGUCGCAACUGUUUCACGCGUUCCUUAAACUUGCGCUAACUAAAAACCCUAAAAAACGACCCACGGCUGAUAAAUUGUUGCAGCACGCGUUCUUCCAACAAGACAAUAUGAGUAAACGGCUUGCUAUAGAACUAUUGCAGAAAUAUUCGAACCCGCCGAGCCACUGUAACAGUCAAGAGUUGGACGAAGACGGGACGGUGCCAAACGUACCACAACGAAUCGCAUCGAAGCACACGGGCCGCCGCCGCGUGCCCGACGCGCAGAGACAUCGCGCCAGUCUACACGAAGACCACCGUCGGUCCGGCGCGUACGACGAUUCGCCGAUCAUAGAUCUAGACGCGGACGAUGAUCUAAGCGUCGCCUCCAUGCCGAAAGUGAUCAAUUUUAGUGCAGAUCUUAAUAAUAGCGGGGAUACUGUUAAACGAAAUGCGUACCACAGACAGACGAGCGAAGAAUGGAGCGUGGCCUCGUUAAUGACGUGUCCAAAACACAAUCCACUAACGCAAGAACUAUCCGACACAAUAUCGACGAGUGAGAACAAGUGGUGUCGGGUCGUCACCGGCGAUGAUAUAUUGAGAAUGAGUUUGAGGAGCCUCUUGCAAUAUAUUGACGAAGAGUUAAUGCUCAGGGCAACACUCCCGCUCACAGCGGACACGGCAGCGAUACAACAAGCUAGCAACACUGGUCUAUCUAUACACGACCACCAUUUAUCGCAGUGUAUACAAUUAAAGCAGAACUAUCUAAAUAAUUCAACAACGAAUGUAUACCAGAGUCUGACUAGCUUCCAAACUCCCAUGGGGGCGUCCAGUGUUUCUAUAGACGAUCCCUUGUGUAGGAAAAUGGGUGAUAGCGACAUUAUGUAUGUCGAUCAGCAGGAAUCUGAUACAGUGGCCGAUUCCCCGCAAAAUAGAAACACGAAUUGCGAAUGUGGGCUCUGUCCCAAACCAGAAUCUAAAGACGUCAACACUUUAAGCGACUUACAAAGAUCGGUAGCACCAAAGUGUUCGUGCGAUGCAUGUAAUUCAAACGGAGAUAUACUAAGCUAUUACAGACAUUGUUCGAAUCAAAACAGAGACUCGGGUAUAAUAUACUGCGAAUCGUGCAAGAAACAAAAGAUUUCCGUGUCGAAUUUCCGCGCGUUGCAAAUCGCGAAUCGGUUGCAGAUUUCCGAUUCGGGCCAUCUAGAAAACGGGGGGACGGAUGAAGAGUUGUGCAGGAAAAUCGAUAUGAGCCUGGACAUGGACGAUAAAUACGAACAUCGGAAACGGCACAAUCGGCACAAUUCCGAUUCAGUGACGGCAGGUAUCGAUUUGAAUCAAUUCUGUCAAUGCGAUAUGGAGGGUAGUAAGAGAAAAACGUCGUCGGUCGAUGAGAUUUUCAAGAUGGUGGAUGAGGAUGCUUCGAAAUUGGAGGUUGCUGAUGAGCAAGUUAAGAGUCAGCGGCAGAGGAGCCUGUCGGACAGUCAGAGGGAUAAGGCGAAGGUCGAGGGUGAGGGCACAACAACGCCCCCCGUCCCGCCCCGCAGGGCGAGGGGCAGACGGGCCAGGAGCCCCGUCCGACCGGCGCCUAACGGUCUACCGCCGACACCUAAAGUUCACAUGGGGGCUUGUUUCUCUAAGGUGUUCAAUGGUUGUCCUUUGAGGAUAAACUGUACGGCGUCCUGGAUUCACCCGGAUACUAGGGAUCAGCAUAUUCUUAUUGGUGCCGAAGAAGGCAUAUACACACUGAAUCUAAACGAAUUGCACGAAACGGCGAUGGACCAGCUCUGUCCACGACGAACUAUAUGGAUGCACGUUAUAAAAGAUGUGCUGAUGUCUUUAUCCGGUAAAACCCCAUCGCUAUACCGUCACGAGUUACUAUCUCUAGCGGGUAGCGGUCGGGCGGGCGGGGGCAGGUCGCUGCGCGUGUUACCGCCGCGCUUGUUGCCGCGACGAUUUGCACCGUCUGCGAGAUUGCCGGAUACGCGCGGUUGCACAUCGUGUGCGGUGGUGCGCAACCCGUACAACGGCUACAAGUACCUGUGCGGGGCCACGCCCGCCGGACUCUUCCUCAUGCAGUGGUACGAUCCGCUCAGGAAGUUCAUGCUGCUCAAGAACAUAGAAUGCGUGCUACCAUCGCCGUUACUCGCGUUCGAGUUGAUCAUCACACCAGAACUGGAAUAUCCUUUACUUUGUGUCGGAGUCACGAGGAAACCCAUGCGGCUCAACUUGAUUAACAUCAACUCUGGGGCAACAUGGUUCCAUUCUGAUGAACUAGAGGCAAGGCCCGGGGGCUCCAACACGGUGAUACCGAGGCCCGAGAGGCUCCACACUUUACGGGCAGUGCAUCAGCUGAAUAAGGAUGCGGUACUAGUAUGCCACGAGAACGUGGUGGACAUCAUCCCGGUAUUGCCCGGGUUCGAUUCCCGGCGCGGCGAUGAACGACGGCGAGGCAAACUGCCGCAGCGUAUCACGUUCGACUUCCAGAUUGAUAGUAUAUUGUGUCUCGCGGACUCAGUGUUGGCGUUCCACCGUCACGGCAUGCAGGGCCGGUCGUUACGUCACGCUGACGUCACACAGGAGAUCGUCGAUAGAUCUAGAGCGUAUCGCCUGUUGGGGAGGGAUAAAGUCGUCGUUUUGGAAUCGCACACGCUGCAAAACAACACACUGUCGGGCGAAGACGGGAACGAUCUAUAUAUUUUAGCCGGUCACGAAGCGUCUUACUAAUUCCAUAGAUACAUUAUACAUACAUACAGAAUUUACAAAUCUUUGAUUUUAAUUACGAGCAAUUUUGAAUGACGUUUAGUUUAUUCUAGAUAUGCAAAAGUUUUGCGAUUUUUUUAUGUAGAAAAAAUGUUAAAAUCUUGAAGUCAAGUAAAAAUAGCGUUUUGUUUGAGAGCAAUAAACGAAUUAUUGUUCAAUUAACAUUGCAAUACUUAGCGUUCGCUUAAGUUAUUCGACGCAAUAAAAUUAACUGAAUUAUUAAAAACGAAAUUAAAUUAGAAGCGUGCGAGUUUGAUUCCCGUCGGAAGCACAAAUUUAUCGAUUUUUAAGACAAUUAGUCUUUAUUAUUUAAAAUCUCGAUUGUACCUUCAUAGCACUGCCCUUUCCAUUCCAUGGAUGUUAAAGCAAUAAUAUAGAAAUUAGUUUUUUCUCGAUGAAUUUAAGUGUUGCCGUAGACGUCAAGUUUAAUAAAACAAUAAUAAUAUCACAGUAUAUAGACACAACCAGUAGGGAAACUUCAUAUAAAACGUUCGAGAUGGCUCACGCACACAAGCAAGUAUGUUUUACAAUUGACAUAAUAUAUAAGAAUACUCUUAUGAUUCUUGUAAACACGCUUGCUUGUGUGCGUGAGCCAUUUCGGAUAUUUUGUAUGAAGUUUCCCUACUGGUUGUAUCUGUAUACUGUAAUAAUAUAUCGCCUGGUAUAUAGUUAGUUAACGAUUUGUAUUAUAACCCGAUUAAUAAAAUUAUAAUAAUAUAUAAACAGUGUGCAUACUAAAUCGUUUUAAAAUACCCAAUAUCGAAUUAAUAGCGUGUCGCUAUAAAAAUAUCACGUGAAAUAACGUAACGGUUAUAACUGUUAUUUUUGCAUAACGUUACUGUGAUUUUAAAUUAGAUACACAUGCAAUGGAUGGCAUUUUAAAAAGAUAUUUAUUAAUAAUGUGAUUAAUCAUAUAACGCUAAAAAAUGUAUGGAAAAGACAACAUUAUCGUUAUAUUAUAAAUAUAGUUUAUAGUAACGGAGAAAUUAUAAAUGUUCGCUUAUUUUGUAAAUAUAUAAAAUUCCAAUUAGAUAUAGUCAAUUGUAUUAUAGACGUAGUUUAGUUAUUGUAUUUAAUUUUUUUUAAUGUAACCUCAUUAGAGCGCUUGCUCGAAAAUGGACUGUUAAUUUAUUUAUGUGUCGUGUCUAUUUUUUAAUUUGCAUGUAAUUUUUGCUUUUAUGUCGUGGGAUGAAUUAAAUAUGAAAAAUUUAA